AUGUAUCAACACUAUACUUCGGAUGAUUUCUACUACAUGUCAUCACUCAGGUUCGCCCGAAUGCCCUUUUUCAAGGGACUUGUAAGUUGCUCCAGCAAAAAAUUAAAACAUAUAAAAAAUGCAAUACGGUCAAGGUUCAUUCCUUCACAGUAUUACUCUAUUCGCAUUAAGUAUCCAACGUCGAAGAUGUCAAACUUAUCCAACAGAAAGAUUGCUGUUGUCACAGGUGCUUCUCAAGGUAUUGGCUACCAUGUCUCCCGUGAGCUAGCCCAGCACAAUUAUAAAGUAUACGCAUGUGCGAGGCACACUGAAGCCAUAGAGAAAUUAGCUGAGAACUUUGCCGAAGGCGUCAUUAUUCCAUGUCACCUGGACAUCUCUAAGGUUGUUGAGAUUAAAAAAUUUAAAGAAAAGUUGGGCCUAGAAUUACCUGGCCAGAGGCUGGAUCUCUUGUUCAACAAUGCAGGCCAAAGUUGUACAGUCCCGGCCAUCGAUGUUACUGAUGCGAUGGUGGAACAAUGCUUCCAAGUCAACGUAUUUGGCCAUAUCAACAUGUGCGCGCAACUAGCUGAGUUCCUAAUCAACGCUAAAGGGACUAUUACAUUCACCGGUUCUCUGGCAGGUAUUGCAGCAUUUCCAUUCGGAAGCAUCUAUGGUGCUACGAAAGCAGCAAUCCAUCAGUAUGCCAGAGUUUUGCAUUUAGAGAUGAGACCCUUUGGUGUUAGAGUGAUCAACACGAUCACCGGUGGUGUCGCCACAGAUAUCGCUGAGAAAAGACCGUUACCUGAUCAUUCUUAUCUCAACUUCAAGGAAGGUAUAGAGGCAUUUGACAGAAGACGUGAAAUGGCAAAAAGAAACCACCCAACUCCUGUGGAGGAGUACGCAAAACAAGUCGUUGGCGAUAUUCUAAGUUCAAGAGAUCCGCUGGAUGUAUACAGAGGAAAAUUGGCCAGACUUCUAACCUUGGUAUACACUUUUUUGCCGUACUGGCUAAUUGAAUGGGGGGUUGAGAAGAAAUUCAGACUCCAUGCUGCCUACAAAGUGUUGAGAGAAAAACAGCACUGA